AUGGUGAAAAAAAUGUAUGAUGUAAACGCAAAUACCAAUAAGAAAUAUGGCAGCAAGCACAACCAAGUAUUAAUGUCUAUAGUCGUAUGCAUGCCAAUACUCGCUUACGGUACAGCAAUGGGCUGGAUAUCCCCAAACAAAGAGCUUCUCAUGAGCGAGGCCUCACCAUCUCAUCGGCCGUUGACUGAAGAGGAAGUAUCCUGGAUGGCUUCCAUCAUGUUCAUUUUCGCGCCAAUAGCGGUUUUCGUCUAUGGUGUGGCGGCAGAUAGAUUUGGAAGAAAGAAUGCUUUGCUGUGUGCUUCAUUCCCAAUAUCUAUAGGAUGGGCCGUAAAACUGAUAUGUGCACAUCCUAUAGCCUUAAUUGGGGCCCGGGCCCUUAUUGGAUUCGGUUCCGGCGGGGCCUUCGUCGUCUGCCCGCUCUACGUCAAGGAAAUCAGCGAAGACAGCAUCAGGGGAAUGACUGGGACAUUUAUUAUAUUCUCUCAGACAGCUGGAAACCUGCUCGUUUUUAUCCUGGGGGACUUGCUGCCGUUUACCGCAGUUUUAUGGAUUUUACUGGCGAUACCACUUAUCCACUUCUGCAUUUUGCUGAGGUUGCCAGAAACACCGUCAUUCCUGGUCAAAUGUGGACGAAACGAGGAGACGGCUAAAGUAUUAAGCUGGCUGCGAUCAGUUCCACAGACUGACAGUUCGAUUAUUGAAGAAGUGGACAGGCUGAUCAUUGAACAAACCACGUCGGAGCCAAAAUUCUCACCUAAACUAUUAUUUAGCGAUAAAACAACACUCAAAGCGUUUUGGGUUGCUCUAAUCGUGAAUCUGACCCGGGAAUUCUGCGGCUGCAUAGCUGUGCUGGUCUACGCAAGCCACAUUUUCGCUGAAGCGGGAAAGGAUCCGGGUUCCAGUAUUGUAUUAUCGCCGAACAAACAGUCCAUAGUGUUAGCUGCUGUACAAAUAGUUGGGUCCUUUCUGGCAUGUCAGCUUGUUGAUCGGGCAGGACGAAAGCCGCUGCUAGGCGUUACGAGCGUAGUGGCCGGGUUUAGUAUGUGCCUCCUUGGGGUGUGGUUCUACCUCCAAAGCAUUGGUGUAUCUCUACCGGGCUGGAUUCCCAUAGUGGCGCUUUGUGUCUGUAUAUUUGCUGAUGCUUCUGGAUUGCAACCGCUGCCAUUUGUCAUUAUGACUGAAAUGUUCAAUUUCCAGCUCCGAGGAACUGUAGCGACCCUGAUAAUGGCGAUUUCAUUGGCAACCGACUUCGCUUUACUGAAACUAUUCGCGCCACUCAACACGUGGAUAGGCUAUCAUUCCACAUUUUGGAUGUUCAGCAUAAUUUGCCUCUCAAACGUCUUUUACAUAACAUUCUGCGUCCCCGAGACGAAAAUGAGGAGUUUGGAGGACAUCUACGCGGAUUUGGAGGGAAGGGGAGGAAAAGGAAAGAAGCAAGAAAAUGUUGUCGAGACCAAUCAUGUGUAG